AUGGCUAAAAUCAGAACGUCGAGGCCGCUAGUCGAGCAUCACAACACUGCCAUCGUACAUACCGGGAUCGUUCAACCAAGGCUUUCGUGGAGUUUUGAAGCCGACGACACGCUGAAAGGCUGGCAUCAAACUCAAUACACAUUCAAAAUAUCUGCCUGGGGUCAACCUCAUGAGGAGCUCAGCACUCAAAGCUCGGAUUCAGUGCUAAUACCCUGGCCUGGAAACUCUUUGUCGCUAUGGAGCUCAACUUGCAGGGUCAAAGUACGUGUUGAUGGUGUGGAUGAGGAUGGCGUCGCGGCAAACUCGCUGUGGUCUGAAGAGACUGUGAUCAAUUUCGUGCCGCCUCAGAGCUCGCUUUCUGCUCAGUUCAUCGGAUCGUCGCAUUUUCAGAUCACCGACAGCUCUCUGCGGCCGCUCCGAUUCAGAAGAAUGUUCGAGCUGCCCGAGUUUGAGCAUAUCGUUGAUAAGGCAAAGCUAUACAUCACCGCAUCUGGCGUGUUCAAAGUGUUCAUCAACGGUCAGCGUGUCGGAGACGAGGAGAUGGCACCUGGAUGGACUAGUUACAUGCAUCGCCAUCUGUACCAGACUCACGACGUGAGGAAGCUUCUGCAGCCUGGGCGAAACGUCAUUGGUGUGGAAGUCGCAGAAGGAUGGUACGCAGGUCGACUAGGUUGGGCUCGGCAAAGACACCUUUAUGGCAAAGAACUUGGUGUUUUCGCUCAGCUCGAUAUCGAGGCAGCAGAAACCGCGGUCACUGUUGUGUCAGACGAUACUUGGGAAUGUGGCUACGGACCUCUUCUCAGCAGCGAGAUAUACGAUGGCGAGAUUUAUGAUGCGAGAGAGGAAGAUAAUGACUGGAGUGAAGCUGGAUCAGGUACCUCGAACUCGAACUGGCAAACCACAAAGGUUCUGCCUUCCACGAGCGGCAAGCUUGUACCAACCGAAUUUCCACCUGUCCGUGUGACAGAGCACAUCAUGCCUACACGAAUUUUCGAGAGUGUUUCUGGUAGACUCAUCGUUGAUUUCGGUCAAAAUCUCGUCGGUAAGCUGCUCAUCAAGCGUCUACAACAACCUCUUGACCACAAGAUUGUCUUUCGUCAUGCAGAGGUCAUGGAAGAUGGCGAGCUUGGCGUACGUCCUCUUAGAAGCGCCGCAGCAACGGAUACAAUCAUCUCGAACGGAACUCUCAUCAAAGACUGGUCUCCACAGCACAUCUUCCAUGGCUUUCGAUACGUCGAAGUCGAAGGCUGGUCUUCAUCCGACGAAGAAUAUCCAUUGUCUAUGAACAACAUUGAAGCGCUUGUCAUGCACACAGAUAUGGAGCGUACUGGGUGGUUCUCUUGCUCUGACCCGCUGAUCAACAAGCUUCAUGAGAACACGGUUUGGAGUAUGCGAGGAAACUUCUUAUCAAUACCGACAGAUUGUCCACAGCGUGAUGAGCGUCUGGGAUGGACAGGCGACAUACAAGUCUUUGGCUCGUCCGCAAACUUCUUAUUUAACACAAGUGCUAUGCUUGGAAGCUGGCUAGAUGACGUUGCAUCUGAACAGGCAUCACAUGAUGGUAUACCGCCUUUCGUCGUGCCCAACAUCCUAGCAUCAGACAAAGGAGACAACUCGUGGGGCAACUUCCCUCAAGCAGUAUGGGAUGAUGUUGUUAUCUUGCUUCCUUGGGCGCUGUAUCGCUCUUUCGGUGAUCUCGAAUUUUUGAGACGCCAGUAUUCGAGCAUGCAGAUGUGGAUUGACCACGGUGUCAGAAGAGGUGCUGAUGAUUUGUGGGAUCCCUCUUUCCAUCAACUUGGUGAUUGGCUAGAUCCCAGCGCACCACCUGAUAGACCUGGAGAAGCAAAGACUGACGGGACAUUCGUCGCCGACGCAUACCUUCUGCACGUUACUCGACUGAUGAGUGAGAUCAGCGAGGUUCUUGGACAAAAAGGGGAAGCCGCCAGAUAUACACUCGACUUCAAGCGGCUGAAGAAAGUCUUCAGCAGAAAAUACGUCACUAUUGAUGGCCUUCUGGUCGCAGAUACACAGACCGGCCUAGCCUUGGCGAUUGUGUUCGAUCUGUUCAAGAACGCAGAUCAAGUCAAGGUAGCAGCAGCCAGACUUGAGCGAGCAGUCAAGCUAGCGGAUUUCAAGGUAGCCACUGGAUUUGCUGGAACUCCAAUCAUCACACACGCAUUGUCUUCCGUCGGCCUGCAGAAUCUAGCUUACCGGAUGCUAUUUGAGAAAGAGUGCCCAUCUUGGCUUUACCCUAUCACCAUGGGAGCUACCACUAUUUGGGAACGCUGGAACAGUAUGUCACCCGAUGGAAGCGUCAAUCCCGGAGAAAUGACGAGCUUCAAUCACUACGCGUUAGGCUCUAUUGUCAAUUGGCUGCAUGAGGUCGUGGGCGGCAUUAGCCCUCUAGAACCUGGUUGGAAGCGUUUACUUAUUCGGCCUGUUCCCGGUGGCUCACUCACGUGGGCUGACGUCAAGCAUGAUACGCCCUACGGACGUCUGAGCUGCACCUGGCGAAUCAAUGACGGCGAAUUCAAGCUAUCAAUCGUGGUACCGCCAAACACAACUGCAAACGUUGUCAUGCCUGAUCAGCAGACAAGGAAGAUCUUAGGCGAAGCAGAGGAGACUGGUGCUGUGGUCGGAUCUGGACAUUACGAAUUUUCAUGUAGGCACGAGCCCGAGAAGAUGAAGCCCAAGGCCAUACCGAUACCCUUUUACGCACCUGUCAAGGAAGAAUCGUGGUUUUGA